UUUCCCAACCGCCAAAAAAAAAAAAAAAAACCUUAAGAGAAGAAGAAGCGGCUCAUCCUUCGUUAGCUUGCUAGCUACUGUUGGGAAGUAGCAACACAAUUUCAGGAUCUUCUUAUCAUCAUAAUGAGUUAUGCAGAGAAGCCGGAGGACAUAACAAAGGAAGAGUGGAUGGAUAAACUCAACAAUGUCCACAUUCAGAGAGCUGAUAUGAAUAGACUGAUAAUGAACUACCUGGUUACGGAGGGAUUCAAAGAGGCAGCAGAAAAGUUCAGGAUGGAGUCUGGAAUAGAGCCCAGUGUGGACCUGGACUCCUUAGAUGAACGGAUAAAGAUCAGGGAGUUGAUAUUAAAAGGACAGAUUCAGGAUGCCAUUGCGCUUAUUAAUAGUCUGCACCCAGAACUGCUUGAUACAAACCGUUACCUGUACUUUCACUUACAGCAGCAGCAUCUCAUUGAGCUGAUUCGUCUGAGGGAGACGGAGGCUGCCCUUGAAUUUGCCCAGUCGCAGUUAGCAGAGCAAGGAGAGGAGAGCCGAGAGUGUCUGACUGAAAUGGAGAGGACACUGGCUCUGCUGGCAUUCGACAACCCUGAAGAGUCUCCCUUUGGAGAUCUGCUCAAUAUAAUGCAGCGGCAAAAGGUCUGGAGUGAGGUUAAUCAGUGUGUACUAGACUACGAAAACAGAGAAUCUACUCCAAAGCUGGCCAAGCUACUGAAGCUACUGCUCUGGGCUCAGAACGAACUUGACCAAAAGAAAAUUAAGUAUCCCAAAAUGACCGACCUGAGCAAGGGAACGAUCGAAGACCCCAAAUAAAGACUCAGAUUAAAUAAAUAACAUGUUGUUACAGAACGGACACAAUUCCUUAUCUAUUUAUAACCCAGGAAGCUGAAUCAGUUAGAGUACAACCUUUUCUUUUUUUGUAAGGGUUGCCUUUUGAUACUUUGUUAAUUCUGAACUGGACUGAUUGCAAUUUAAGGUUACUUCUUACUCUAUAACAACCAAACCAGUUACUUUAUUUGGUAUUAUAAUUUACAUAUCUGUCUAUGUAAAGCUAAAAAUGUUUUAUUUACUCUAGUUUUUCUGUCUGCUGGCAGGGAAUGUUGUUGGCAGGGGAGGUUGUAAAUAAAGCCUAAAUUAGG